CUCAGUCAGCAGACAUGAGUGUUGUUCGGAAGGAUAACUCUGGAGCGGUUGUUAGUGGAUCUCCGCCGGAGAGCGACAUGUUUCACGCGGCCGCAAGCGGAGCGCGUGACUGGUUGAGUUUGACGCUGAAAAGAGCGCGAAAACCACUGAUUACCGACAAACACGGUCUCUCUGUGCUUCAUAUAGCUGCCCUUCAUGGUCAUCUGGACUGUAUGGAGCUGCUGCUGGCUGGAGGUUAUGUGGAUGUGAAUGUCAGUUGUCCUCAUGGACGCAGACCUUUACAUAUGACGCUGACGGCUCAGAGUCGACCAAACACUCACGCCGGACUCAUUUACUUGCUGGAACACGGAGCCCACAUCAGUGUCUCCACAGAUGAAGGACUGACCCCGCUGCAUCAGGCCGCAGCUGAAGGUUUGACCGACUGCACUGAGACGCUGGUGAGGCACGGAGCAAACACACACUCUCCAGACACCAGUGGACACACACCUCUUGACCUGGCGCGCAUCUGGGGUCACAGAGACACUGCCAGGUUUCUGAAAGAUGCCAUGUGGAGGAAAGACAAAGAGCAGCAGAUGAAGAAAAGCAAACAUCAGCACAAUCUCAAACAGGAGCUGCUCAUGAUGACCAAGAGCAGAGCAAAGUGUGUCAGUGUGCUGGAUCUGCCUCGUCUGGGUCGGUCUGGAAAACCCGACAGCUUCAGCUCACCCUGGACCGAAGUGGUCCUGCAUCUGUCUGAGGAGCUCAAACCCGGACACUAUUAGACAUCACACUACACAGAGACCAACCUCAUGCUUUCAGUAAGGAAUAAAAUGAACUCUUGCUGCAUUCAUGUUUACCUUUCAGUACUGUUCAUGCUGCAUGGUUCUGUGUGGCGUAUAAUUCCACUGCGCUCAACACUACAGUACUUCAUACAGUUAAAAAUAGCGAGUGAAACAAAUAUGCAUUAUGCAACAGUAAAAAUGUCUUUGCUGCAUGAUCACAUGAGUUCAUUACAUGCAUGUUUAAUUCACAUCCACUGCUCAGAACUACAGACCGACUGCAGACUAAUAAUGAAGAUGUUGAAAAUAGCAUUGACUGUGCUGUUAGAUAAUGAGCAUAAAAGCAGGCUAAUACUGGGAACUUUGCACUCGCUGGAUAUCAGGAGAGAGUUAUGAGGCACUUAUUUACUUAUUGACAGAGAUUCAAUGACGAGACACUGAAACACUAACAAAAACCUGAU